UCUAGAGGCUUCUAAGGUUUAGAGAGGGCGAGUUUAGGGCAGGAGCGCAAGCAUGGCGGCCAACAAUGCGCUGCUCCCACAUCGCUCGCCAUGCCUAGCGGCGGCGCCUCUCUCGCAGCUGGGCCGGCCUUCCGGCUCGUCGCAGGGGAAGCUAAUUGGGAGAGCUUCGGCAGUGGGGCUGCGAGCGGUGUGUCGGCCGAGGCGGAAUAGAUUUGUUGUUCGUGCCAAUGCCAAGGAGAUUGCCUUCGACCAGGAUUCGCGAGCAGCAUUGCAAGCCGGGAUUGAUAAAUUGACCGAUGCUGUUGGCGUCACGCUUGGUCCUCGGGGAAGGAAUGUGGUGUUGGAUGAGUUUGGAAAUGCUAAAGUCGUCAACGACGGUGUUACGAUUGCUCGAGCAAUUGAGCUUCCAAAUAACAUGGAAAAUGCGGGUGCUGCUCUCAUCAGAGAGGUUGCGAGCAAAACGAAUGACUCAGCUGGCGAUGGCACGACCACCGCGUGUGUAUUGGCACGAGAGCUCAUCAAAAUGGGACUUUUGUCCGUGACUUCGGGAGCUAAUCCAGUGGCAAUCAAAAAAGGCAUUGACAAAACUGUCUCUGCCUUGAUUGAGGAGCUCAAGGAUAAGUCGAGGCCAGUCAAGGGACGGGAAGACAUUAAAGCUGUGGCUACUAUUUCUGCUGGAAACGAUGAUUUUGUUGGAAACAUGAUUGCCGAUGCGAUUGACAAGGUCGGCCCCGACGGAGUACUUUCUAUCGAGUCGUCGUCUUCGUUUGAAACGUCCGUUGAUGUGGAAGAGGGGAUGGAGUACGAUAGAGGAUACAUCUCUCCACAGUUUGUGACCAAUCCAGAAAAGUCGACAGUAGAGUUCGACAAUGCCAAAGUUCUAGUCACGGACCAAAAGCUCACAACCAUCAAGGAUAUAUUGUCGGUGCUGGAGAAGACUUCUCAAAAGAGUGCUCCGCUGCUCCUUAUCGCCGAGGAUGUGUCCGGAGAAGCUCUGGCCACGUUGGUCGUGAACAAGCUCCGGGGUGUUCUCAACGUUGCAGCAACCAAGGCUCCUGGCUUUGGAGAGCGGAGAAAAGCACUCCUUCAGGACAUUGCCAUCAUCACAGGCGCUGAAUAUAUUGCUUCUGAUCUUGGGCUAAAACCCGAGACCGCCACUUUCGAGCAGCUGGGAACAGCACGCAAAGUUAAAAUCACCAACAACUCAACAACGAUCAUUGCCGACGUCGCGAGCAAGGACGAGAUCCAAGCUCGGAUCGCUCAGCUCAAGAAAGAACUUGCAGAAACCGACUCAGUCUAUGACACGGAGAAGCUAUCGGAGAGAAUAGCCAAGCUUUCCGGUGGAGUGGCAGUCAUCAAGGUUGGUGCUGCUACCGAAGUAGAGCUCGAGGACAGGAAACUACGCAUCGAAGAUGCGAAGAAUGCCACCUUUGCCGCCAUAGAGGAAGGCAUCGUUCCAGGCGGAGGAGCAGCCAUGGUACACCUCUCGGCCUCUGUGUCGAAGAUCAAGCAAAGCUUGCAAGACCCCGAGGAAAAGAUUGGAGCUGACAUCGUAGAGAAGGCUCUCUUGUCCCCGGCAGCUUUGAUCGCGCACAACGCUGGCGUGGAGGGAGCCGUGGUUGUGGAGAAGAUCCUGGCGAGCGAGUGGGAGAUUGGCUACAACGCAAUGACCGAUGUUUAUGAGAACUUGCUCGAGGCUGGAGUGAUCGAUCCUGCCAAGGUAACUCGUUGCGCUCUCCAGAACGCAGCGUCGGUGGCGGGCAUGGUUUUGACGACCCAAGCAGUGGUAGUGGAGAAACCAAAGCCAAAGACGCCAGCGCCAGCAGCUCCACAGGGAAUGACCAUUUAAAACGAUGAAGAAAAUCUCCGCGGAAUGGAGGAAAGUUUUGUAUAAUUUGCUUAUGAAAGAGUUAAGCAUGAUUAUUUUGUGGUAAUAUAAUCUCUGUUUAAUUGUUCUCGAA